AUGUUCAAAUCAAUCUAAAAAUGGAGAAUGAGAAAUUAGCUAAAGCUCUACUUUUUGCUUUUAUCUAUAUUCUCUACAUUAUUGAUUGGAAUUAUAUUAGUCAUAACUUAGAAUCUUGUAUACAAAGAAGUAGUUCUGACUACAUAGUAGAUAUCAACUAAAUUAACAGAUAAUGAAAUAUCAAACUAGUUUGAAACUCAAAUGCAUUUGUUUUUUGAAGUAAUUAAUAAAAGUACAAAAUCAUUAUAUUUAAGAUUACCGAGCUCUUGAUAAAAUUGCAUAAUUAUUUACAUUUGUAUAAUUAGAAUUGAGUUUAAUAACAUCAAAAAGUGAUUAAUGUCCAGUAAACUAAACCCAAAAUUAUAGAAAAUCAAAUAUUUGCUAUAACAUUUACAAUUUAAAGAGUGGAUAGGAAUUAAAUUAAAUACAAUAAAAAGACUUAUACUACCAUUUGAAACAUUAAAGUUUAUUACAAGAAUUACUAUUUCUUUUUGAUCCUGAACAAUUUAUUAUAGGUAAUUGGUCAAUUGGAUAUAGUAAACAAUCCUAUUUUUCAGCCUAUUAAGCUAUAGGUUAUUAUUCAAACUUUAAUAUUGCUACUAGACCAUUCUACACAAAUCAUAUAAAAAAAGCAAAUUCAUCUGAAUAUAUUUUUAGUGACGUCUUCUUUAAUUUUGAAAAUGAAUACAAAGUCACAAUCUCAAAAAACCUUACAAAUGAUAUAAUUGAUGGUAUUGUGGCUACAUAAUUUGAAUUUAAAAUAAUUAAAAAGUUUUUUUAAGAAAACUUUCUGAUUCUAAAUAAAGAUGGAUUAAUAUUGAUUGGCAAUGUUUAAAUGUAUUUUUAACCAAAUAGAACUAAUGUUUUUUUUUUUAAUGAAAGUCUUACUGGUUUUAAUGAAAAUGAUUGGAAUUCUGUAAAGAAUUAUAUGGAUUACAAUAUUUCAGAACCAAAUUGUACAACUUCAAAUUCUUUAUAUUUAUGUAGAUAUAAUAAAAUAUUAUUGAUGGAUGUAAUGAUAUUUGCCAAAUUUUUAAGGUUUUCUAAUCUAAUAUUGAUUAUGUAAAAUAUGUUUGUUAUUAAGAUUAAAGAAUAUAGAGAAAGAUAAAGAUCUAGAAUAAUAAUUGAUUUGGAUAGAAGAUUAAAAGAAUCUUUAAAUUACUCAAUUAUUAACAUAUUAAUUAAUUGCUGCUUUGGGUACAAGUCUAAUUGCCAUCUUAAUUGUUAGAUAUAUUUGUAGAUACAUGACAUAUCUAGAAAGAUUAGCACAUUCACAUUUUUAAAAUAAACCUGUUGAUUUUUAAGUGUAUUCUUUCCUAAGAGAAAUAAAAAAACAUUCAUAAUCACAAUCCACUAAUAUCACUCUAAAUCUAUCUGAUUCCUACUAUAAAUUAAUUUCAUAGUUAACAGCAAGACCUUUUAUAAAGAAUGAUGAAUGUAAGAAUUUUGAAUCUUUUUAAUUUCCAUGCUCUAAAAAAUAACGUAAUCUACUAAAAUGGAAAUCUUCUAUUUUGGAAUUAUAUGAUAAUUAAGGGAUAUCUUAAUAAAAAUGUAAGGCUCUAAUAUUGAAUCUGUUAAGAUUAUCAUAUAAAAGACACAAAUAUUGA